CGGCCAGUGGAUCACAUGAAGGACACAGUGGAUGUGAAGUUUGGGCUUGCGAUCUCCCAACUUGUGGACGUAGAUGAAAAGAACCAGCUAAUGACAACAAAUGUUUGGCUGAAACAGGAGUGGAUGGAUGUGACAUUGAAGUGGGAUCCAGAGAAGUAUGCAGGCAUUAAAUCAAUCCGUGUGCCCUCUGAUUCCAUAUGGUCUCCAGAUAUCGUUCUAUAUGAUAACGCUGAUGGAAAUUUUGAAGGCUCAGUGACCAAAUCGAUAAUUAGGUAUGACGGUACCAUCACCUGGAACCCGCCAGCAAACUACAAAAGCUCUUGCACCAUAGACGUCACCUUCUUUCCCUUCGACCUCCAGAAUUGUUCCAUGAAAUUCAGCUCCUGGACAUAUGAUGGCUCCCAGGUAGACAUAAAGCUUGUGGACAAGCAGGUGGACAAAACAGACUUCUUCGACAAUGGCGAGUGGGAAAUCAUCUCUGCAACAGGACACAAAGGCAACCGAACCGAUGACUAUUAUUGGUAUCCACACAUCACAUACUCAUUUGUUAUCAGGCGCCUGCCUUUGUUUUACACUUUGUUCCUCAUAAUCCCAUGUAUUGGUUUAUCGUUCCUCACCAUCCUCGUGUUCUAUCUGCCAUCCAACGCAAGAGAAAAGAUAUCCCUCUGUACGUCUGUCCUCGUGUCUCUCACAGUCUUCCUCCUCGUUAUUGAGGAGAUCAUCCCUUCGUCUUCCAAAGUGAUCCCCCUAAUUGGGGAGUACUUGGUCUUCACCAUGUUCUUCGUGACUUUGUCCAUUGUCAUCACUGUCUUUACGAUCAACAUCCACCAUCGGUCCUCCUUCACACACAACACCAUGGCACCCUGGAUUCGCAAGCUCUUCCUCCACAAGCUUCCACAGAUCCUGUGUAUGAGGAGCCGUGUGGACAGAUGCCAAGCUCGCAGCUUCUGCAGGACAGAAGUGAAGAGACACACCUUGGAGGCGGCGCUGGAUUCCAUUCGCUACAUCGCAAAUCACACGAUGAAGGAGAGUAACGUGCGAGAGGUUGUGGAAGACUGGAGGUUCGUAGCCCAGGUGCUGGAUCGAAUGUUCCUCUGGACCUUUCUGUUUGUUUCCAUCCUGGGUUCGAUGCUACUCUUCAUCCCGGUGAUUCAUAAUUGGGCGCAAAUCACCAUUCCUGUGCUGAAAUAG